UCCUUUAGCUCUCUUUCUCUUCUCGCGCUCUAAACCUUCUUAUUGAGAGCGAGAGAAAAGAAAGAGAAAAAAAAAACAACAUUUAAUCAUUUAUUACAUUUUUUCAACAAUACACACUCUUAUUACAAACACUAUAGAGGAAAGUAAAGAAACAGAAGAAAAGGAAAAAGAAACCCCCAAAACCAAAACCAAAACCAAAACCAAAACCCAAUACUCUCCAUCCGUCAAACUCUCGAAUCCACAUUUCUUCGAUCGACCAAAACCCUAAUUCCAUGCGGCCAUCGGAGCCACCACUAAUCUUCUGAUCGAUUGGAUUUCACGGACUCUGUAAUAUAAAAGAGAAUCGUUGUUUUUUGUGCUUAGUCAAAGCUCGAAGUCUUCUUUAUUCGAUGGUUUUAUUGCAGUCAGGCUUGGCGUUCUCACAAUGAUUUGAAAUUUCAAGGUCCUCAACGGAGUUUCGCUUUCCAAGGGUUAGGUUUAGGGCUAGGGGAUUGACGCGAAUGGAAGCGUCUGGAAGCAGUCCUGAGGGGUUUCGGACUAAUUCUUCGGGUUCGGGGAGUGGUGGGAUUGGGAAUUCGAGAAGAUACGGAUUGUUCUCGGCUUCAAAUAUCAUUCAGGCGCCACUCUCUGCGUUGUUGGAGUAUUCGGGGAUUCUUCGUACCAAUGCUAGUAGGUCUAAUCAUCAGGAGACUGAUUCUUUGAUUCACGGAGGACGGCUAUCUUCUUCGGGCUCUGGGUUUCACCUUGCUCAGCUCGAUCAACCUGCCGCUGCUGCUACUGCCAAUGACGGCGAGGUUUCUAUUAGGAUAAUUGGUGCGGCGGAACAAGAACAGGAUAGGGAACCUGCUGCUGGAUUGGUAGUUGGGCACCAGCUUGGGAGUGAGGUAGCUGCUGCCGCUCGUACUGAUGUUUCUCCACGAGCGACUGAGGCUCAGGGAGGGGAUUCAAGGAUUGAGCGUGGUGGUGUAGCGGAGGGAAUUUCGCAAUCUGCAAAUGGGAAUUCGGAGGGAGAAGCUGUGGAUGGAGGUGGGGCAAAUGGGAGGGAUUCUUCUUACCAGAGAUAUGAUAUUCAGCAGGCUGCUAGGUGGAUUGAGCAGGUCCUGCCCUUCUCUUUGCUCCUCUUGGUGGUAUUCAUUCGCCAGCAUUUACAAGGUUUCUUUGUUACUAUUUGGAUUGCUGCUGUCAUGUUCAAGUCAAAUGAUAUUCUGCGGAAACAGACAGCUCUUAAGGGAGAGAGGAAAAUGUCCAUUCUGAUUGGCAUUACUCUUGCAUUCACAAUUCAUGUGGUUGGCGUAUACUGGUGGUAUCAGAAUGAUGAUCUUUUGUAUCCGUUGGUGAUGCUUCCUCCAAAAGCUAUACCACCUUUCUGGCAUGCUAUUUUCAUUAUUAUGGUGAAUGAUACAUUGGUUCGGCAGGCAGCAAUGAUAUGCAAGUGUUUUCUGUUGAUGUAUUACAAGAACAGCAGAGGCCGAAAUUAUCGUAGGCAGGGUCAAAUGCUUACUUUGGUUGAGUAUUUGCUGCUGCUGUACCGUGCCUUACUGCCAACCCCAGUUUGGUAUCGUUUCUUCUUGAACAAAGAAUAUGGAAGCCUCUUUUCAUCCUUAAUGACAGGGUUGUAUCUAACUUUCAAGCUCACAUCCGUUGUUGAGAAGGUGCAAUCCUUCUUUUCGGCAUUGAAGGCGUUAUCACGUAAAGAGGUGCAUUAUGGGGCUUAUGCAACAUCAGAACAGGUUAGCGCAGCAGGCGACAUGUGUGCUAUUUGCCAGGAGAAAAUGCAUGCCCCUAUCCUACUUCGUUGUAAACACAUAUUUUGUGAAGACUGUGUAUCAGAGUGGUUUGAGAGGGAGCGAACGUGCCCAUUAUGCAGGGCUUUGGUCAAACCUGCGGAUCUUAGAUCAUUUGGCGAUGGAUCAACUAGUUUGUUUUUCCAGUUGUUCUAAAAUCUUUUGCUGUAAAAGGGAGUUUUUCUGCUUUGAAGCCCUCAAUCCUUAUUCAAAGCAGCCUUCUCCUGAUAUUUUUAUCUACACAGGAAAUUUAACCAUAAUUUGCUUUGCCUUGUUCACGGGUAGCACUGGAAAGUUACUUGAAGUGCCUAGAAUUGAAUUGAAUUGGCAAUAUGUUCAUAUUUGUAUUGAGAAAGGUUAAAAUGUAUGUAAUGGGCCCAAAGCUACAGAGGAAUUCCUGUAAGGAGUAAGGACUUACCAUACUGUUCAUUUUCCGUAAAUGGAAGUUCUUCAACCCCUCUUCCACUCU